AUGCCGCCGCCAAUACUCCAGGCCUCCAAUGCUCUGCACUACACCACAGCCAUUACCGCUGUAGGCUGUUAUCUCUUCUCCACUGUCGCCAAUGCUGGACGGACAAAACCAGCCAAGACUUCUUCAGCGCGUCUCUUUGAUCGAUUGGCCAUUGGCUUCCUGCUUCUAGGCUAUGCGGCUGAGGGUGUAGUCACGAUUCUGGAACGAACCGGACACAGCAAAGAAGCACAGACAGUCCAUCUCGUUCUGCUCACUACUGUUUGGCUGCUCAUAUGGAUUCAACACGAUGCAAUCCGAUCCUUGAUUCUGUCCACAUCACUUGCCACACUGACCUUUGAAAUCCCAUUACUUGUAUUUUCUUCACUUGGUAACCUCAGCACUACUCUUUCCGUGGCACGACUCGCCACCCAAGCACUCCGCAUUCUCCCUCUCUUUUCCCUCGCCGUCUAUCACCUCACCUGUCGCGGAAAUGACUUUGAUGAGCUUUUCGACAAUGAGGAAACUCAACCUUUUCUCCAGGCUGGCAGUGCAGCCGAAUAUACAAGUUAUGGCACUCAUCCACCCAGAGACACAGAUUAUGAUAGCGACACCUUCACUCAGGGCAGCGAAGAAGACGACGAUGUUAUCGACAUCAAGCGCGAGCGCGCAAAACGACUCAACGAGAAGGGUGGCUGGUGGGGAUAUCUCGCCGACUUUUCCAUCUUUGUUCCCUUCUUAGUCCCCAAGAAGGAUCGCAAGGUCCAACUUUGUAUCUUGCUUUGCCUUACCUGUAUCGUUGCCACUCGAGCUUUCAACAUCUUGGUGCCCCGUCAACUUGGUAUCGUCGCAGAUAAACUACUGGCCAAGGAGAACCCAUUCCAUGCGCUGCUUGUCUGGCUCGGACUAAGCAUGAUGUCUCAUGAUAUUCUUAUUGGCUUCGUUGUGGAUCUCACUAAGAUUCCCAUUAAGCAGUUCUCCUACCGAUCACUUACCAAUGCUGCUUUCAACCACGUCCUAUCUCUGCCCAUGGAGUUUCACUCUCAGCGCGACUCUGCAGAGGUUAUGAAAGCUAUCGAGCAAGGUGAAGCUUUAACAAAUGUCCUCGAUACACUCCUCAUCGAACUUGUCCCAACAUUCGUCGACUUGAUAAUUGCUUUUGCCUUCUUAUACUGGAAGUUCAACAGCUACGUCGCUCUUGCCAUGGCCGGUGCGGCUACUACCUUUAUCACAUUUGAAGUAUAUGCCACAAGCUGGAACCUGGACAACCGAAGAGAGUCAUCCAAGUCCAAGCGAGAUGAAGUGCGCGUCAUGCAUCAAGCUGUUCAGGGUUGGCAGACUGUCACUUACUUCAACAUGUUUUCAUUUGAGAGGCGCCGUUUCGGAGAUGCAGUCGAUAAGCAAUUACAUGCUGCUAAGACCUGGGAGAGACGGGACGCUUGUAUCCAAGUCCUGCUGAACGGUGUUGUACCCUGCACAUUCUUCCUUCUGGCCAGUCUUGUCAUUUACGACAUCUUUCAGGGAGGUUCCACACCUGGCGACUUUGUCUUUUUCAUCCAAUAUUGGGAGUACUUGAUUUGGCCGCUUAAGUUCCUGUCUCAUCAGUACCGGUAUCUCAUGUCAGACUUGGUCGAUGCCGAGCGUCUUCUCUUCCUGCUCCAGACAAAGCCAAGCAUCACCGACAAGGAAGGAGCCAAGGAACUAGAAAAGGUUCAAGGUCGUGUUGCAUUCAACAACGUUACUUUCUCCUACGAUCCUCGCAAGACAACUAUCCAAGAUCUUUCCCUCUCAGUCGAACAGGGACAGACUGUGGCACUUGUUGGUGAGACAGGAGCUGGCAAGUCAUCCAUCAUGAAGCUUCUUCUUCGCUUCUACGAUAUUGACGAAGGUUCUAUUACCAUUGAUGGUCACGAUAUUCGCGAUAUCACUCUCAGCUCGUUGAGGGACGCUCUUGGAGUUGUUCCCCAGGAUCCCCUGCUAUUUAACGCAUCAGUUCUCGAGAACAUGCGCUACGCUCGACCUUCAGCUACAGACGAAGAGAUCUACGAUGCUUGCCGUUCAGCUGCCAUCCAUGACAAGAUCCUUAGCUUUGUCGACGGAUACAACACCGAGGUUGGCGAGCAAGGUGUCAAGCUAUCUGGAGGUGAAAUCCAGAGAUUAGCAAUCGCUCGAGUGUUUUUGAAGAACCCUCCCAUCCUCAUUCUCGACGAGGCAACCAGUGCUAUCGACACAAACACCGAGUCCACCAUCCAGGGUGCUCUUGAUGAGUUGAAGCGUCAAAGGUCGACAUUCAUCAUUGCGCAUCGACUGUCCACGAUUGUCAGUGCGGACAAGAUUCUUGUCAUUCACGAUGGAAAGGUUGUUGAGUCGGGUACUCACUCUGAGUUGAUCUCAAUAGAAGGAAGAUACAAGCAAUUAUGGAACAAGCAGGUUGCAAACAAAUAA